AUGGCAGUGACCGCCCACGAUAGCGGACUCGCGGGCGGGUCGUUGGCUGUUGACGAAGAGACCGACCUCGCUCUGCUGGACCAACAUCUGCUCAAGACCAACACUCUGAGCAAGCGUAUGACAACCAUUCUAUCACAGCUUGACACACGGCUUUCUCGCCUCGACAAGUCGAUCGCGCCGUUGGGUAUCCGCGAGCUCACGCGACAAGCCGCCAACAUUGACCUGGCCAUUGCGCAAAUGACCGGAGCACCGGUGCCCAGCUCUGCAGCCAAGCGCAAGGACUCGUACCCCACCACGUCGAGUGCGAACGGACACGGCUCCUAUACGGAAAGCAGCAGCUCGAUUCCUCGCAGCGGUUCCGCAGGCCAGCUUCCGCCCUCGCAAGUGUUCAGCAAGCCAGCGAGUAAAGUGGUGGAAGAGAAGAAGAAGAAGAAGACGGAAUCACCCCUGUCGUCUUCGCCUUCGGUCAUGGACCGCAAGCGUGCCGUGCCACGUACCGACGUUCUUCCCCGCUGGCAGGAGACGUCGCCACAGCUCGCAGCGCCCAGCCUGCCUACCCAACGAGCUCCGAGCCCCAUGAGCCCGGUCGUCACCCCUCAGUCCCUGUCGCCCCAGAUCCCAUGGAGUCCACAGGGAGAUGGCGGAGAGCGUGUAAUUCUGUCCCGCGGACCGGAUAUCAUGGCUCUGGGAGAGUACUUUGGCGCAUUGGAGGUCGUUAUUGCCGACCUCGAGCACAUGAACCAGGGGCUCAUGGAGGGACGGGGAGGCACGAGGGAGCAGGGCGUUGCCGAACUGUCAUCCAUUGUUGAGGACGCGUUUGGCCAGUGUGUCCAGAUGCUGCUCCAAGUGACGCGCGACACAAUGCCACGACCCUUUGACCCCAACACAUUUGCGGGCUCCGACGUGCCUUCCCCAGCUACAUACUAUCCGCCGCUGAGCAGUGUGCGCGCUCUCACCGCCCGUCUAGCGGCCGCUGUUUACCCCGACCAACCUACUCCCAAGACGACACAGGUCCUGCAGCCCAUUUUGAACGAUUGCAUCGCCGACCUUGCGGCCGCGCGUGGUGACUGGAUUCGCCGGUCUCUCACGGCCGUGUCGGCACAUGUCGACGAGGCCGGAACUGGCAACUAUGAAGGCCGUGGUAGCGAAAAGGUCCGACUGGUCAUGAAGCUGUGGGACUCGUACCUCGUCGCUGCCGAGGCCGAAGCCGCCCUUGCGGCCGUCACCUUCCCCGGAUCUGUAGGCCACCAGCUGGUUGUCGAAACGCUGCCAUAUGGUUUAACAGUGCUCAACCAAACGAUGACCCAGGUUAUCGCGGGUAUCAAAAAGUCCCUCACGACCCAGACCAUGUGUCUCCUGGAUCUCUACGCGGCCCUCAGCACUUUCCAGCCAAAGUACGAGACGGUUAUGGCAAACCUGCUCGGCCAGGACGGCGCCGACGUGCAAAACGCACUCAACCCCACUCUCAGCACUAUGCGCGCGCUUGCGUUACGUUCAUUCCCCGAACGCCUUGUCGAUAUUCGUGCCCCAGCGCGUAACGCCACCCAGAACGUGUCCAUCUCGGACACGACGCAUUCGACCCUCGCAGACCUCGAGGCACUGCCUUCCUACGGCAACCUCGUCGAGACGCUGUUGCGGAGUAGCGGUCACAUUGAGCGCUCGUGGCUCAUGGGCGCGAGCACACCGCCAUCCACGGCCCGCUCUGCAGCCGAGGAAGGUGGCCUCGUCAACCUGUACGCAGCAGACGUGUUGGGUACGCUCUUGAUUCACCUUGAUACGAGCGCAAAGAUGAUGCGCCGCCCACUGUCGUCCACCUUCCUUCUCAACAACUUGUCCCAUAUCCGCAACACCACCUCGUCGUUCAAUGCCGACAUCAUCGGUCCAGGCGCGGAGGACAUGUUGAACCGGCACUUCCGUGAAGCCAAGCAGGGCUAUCUCGGCGAAUGGACCGGCCUCACCGCACUGCUCCAGCACACUGUGCAGUCGCGCUUCAACGUCGGCUCGUCGCAUGACAAGCAGAGCACAAAGGAGGCUGCUGCGGCCUUCUUUGAGCGUCUUUCCGAGCUCGAGCAGACGUGCAGACAAUACCCGCUGUCCCGGGCCGACCCGCAUCUCCGCGACCGCGUUGGCAACGAGACGGAGGAGCUUGUGCGCACAGCCUAUUCCCAGUUCUGGAACAAGGCGCACGGCAAGUAUGACAAGUACCUCAAGGGCAGCCCCGACGAGGUGGGCCGUCGCGUCCACGCCGUGUUCCGUUAA